UGAUUCACAUUCACUUCUUUCUCUCAUAUAAGUAUAUACUUAAAGAAAUUCCAAUUUUAUUUUAAACUUUCAAGAACACAUUCACCAGAACACAAAGAAUGCGAAAAGGGGCUAAAAGUGCAUAGGAGUAUCUAUCCAUCUGCCUUCAUAUCUCCAGCCAAAAUGAAAAAAGCGGUUAUAAAGGUGUCUAUGAAUGGCCCGAGGUGUCGCCCAAAGAUUCUCAAGUUUCUAGUUCAAGUUUUAAAGCUAAUGGUACCCUAUGAAGUCAUAUGGAAAAUAGGGAACAAAUCUACCAGCAAAAGAAGAAAAAGGGCCAUGGAGAUUGCUGCCACUUCUCCAGGAGUGCUAUCUAUAGCAAUACAGGGGGACGAGAAGGACCAGCUAGUUGUGACCGGAGAAGGAUUCGACUCUGUUAAACUCACCAUGGUGCUAAGGAAAGAGGUGGGCUUUGCUUCGGUUAUAAGUUUUGGACCCGACAAGAAAUGAGGUUCGUGAGAGUUAGAGAGUACUUGUACGAGGACGAGGUGCAGAAUCAAGAAUGUCUAUCACAUAGCCGAAAGCUUUGAAAAUCUUAAAAUUGAAGGGAAUGAAUGAGUAGUACUAUUUGUAAUUUGGUGUGCUCUAUAUUGUUAUGUCUAAGGUGUUACUACUGAUACAUGCAAGAAGAAACUACACUGCAAGUGUUAUCAGCAAAUUUUAUUUUUGAAUAAAUAUUAUUUGGAUCGAUAUCGAACUACUUUAUCGCACAUUAAUAAAUUAAAU